ACGGACGGUCGGGUGGAGCAACACAUGUACAAGACUACAAGAGUGUCGCUCAGUCAGUUCACCGUCGACCAUGGAGGAGGCCGCCACCCGACUAGCCAGUGUCCUCGCCCACGCCGUCACCCUUGGAGUCGACCUUCCGACACUCCCUUCCGUCCGACUCCUAGAAGCUCGCGUCCGUCCACCGCACCGCUUCCACGCCUUUCUCUACUUCCUCGCCGGCGUCGCCACCGUCACUCUCGCCGUCGCGUACUCUCUUCAACUACACACUCAUGCGGGCCUCGCCAGGGCGAUCCUUAGGUGGAAGGGAUACGACAUCCACAAUGAAAAGUGUGCCAUGUCCAUACCGGAUCGUAUGGCAAGUUGGUUGAGGCCGACUGAAGAUUGCUCUAUUUGCAAGGGCCUCUCUCAAGUCGAUUCUGUGGCUGACAUAUCUCCCGAGGAGUUUGAAGAAAGGUACGCCUACAGUGGAAGACCGGUGGUGAUCCGAGAUGGCACCAAUGCUUGGCCAGGACGACAGGUGAUGAGCUUUAAGUUCUUCCAGAAACUGUACAACGGUAGCAUUGAUCAGAUUGCCUGCCAGUUCUUCCCUUACGAGAGUGGGUUCAACAGCUUACGGGAAGUUUUGUCGAUGGAUGAAGCUCGAGCUCAAUUGAAAGAUGGGACCAAACCUUGGUACAUCGGCUGGAGCAAUUGUGACAAUCAAGUGGCUCAUAUCUUGAAAGAACAGUAUUCAAGACCGUACUUUCUCCCAGAAACAUCUGAAAACAAGAAAGUGGAUUGGAUAUUCAUGGGAAGUCCUGGAUAUGGGGCAAAAAUGCAUGUGGACAGUGUAAGCCAUCCGUCCUGGCAAGCACAGCUGAGAGGGAGGAAGAAGUGGACUCUGCAGCCUCCACCAGAGUGUAUCUACCACUGCAACACUCUGGAGGUUGUUGUCAGCCCUGGAGAGAUAAUUGUGCUGGAUACAAAUCGUUGGUACCACCAAACCAUGAUACUUCCUGGAGAGAUGAGUAUCACCAUAGGGGCUGAAUAUGACUGAAAACCACUUGGACCUCAACUCAACCAAAAGACUGAGUCGAAUCUCCAAAUUUAUGCUAUUAUUGUCAACCUGCAAUCCCCCCUAAAUGUCUGGAACUGCAUUCAUCCACAUUUUUCUAUGUUUUCCUCUAUAUUUAUUCCAUCUCUUUUUUUACAUUGUACCUUUAUUGUGCUGAACUGUUGUAAAACUAACCACUGAAUGUAUCUGAAGUGAAGAGAGUUGUUGAAUUAUUGCACUAUAGUUAAGAAUGCAAUUGAAUAAUUGUAUUAAAGUUAUUUUAC